CCCCCUCUCCUCGCCCCAUCGCUUCACUCUCUCUCGUCUGUCCAGGGGAGAAGAAACCCUAACCGUAGCACCCCGGCUCCAAUGGCGGAUUCCGAUCCAGAACUCUCUCCUCCGGCAGCCGCUACUCUCUCCUCUCCCUCUAAGACGGAUGAUCUGCAACCAGUGGGAGCAACGAUAGCGGAUUUGGAUAAAUCACAAUCGGAUUUGUUGGUUAGACUUCAAGGGUUGAAGCAGGAUUUGCAAAACUGGAGAUCCAAGUUGGACACACAAGUUAGGACGUAUAAGGAUGAGCUGUCAGAGCUUAAGAAGUCACUUAACACUGAGCUGGAGCAACUGAGAUCAGACUUUCAGGAACUGAGGACCACACUUCAGAAGCAACAAGAGGAUGUCACUGCUAGUUUAAGGAAUUUGGGGAUGGAGGAUGCACCUGCAAAUUCCGAGGAGAGGGAGAUUCAAGUCCACGAGGAUAACUCAGAGAAAUCACAGCCCAACUUAAUGGACCAUGCAACAGAAAUCAAUUCUUCAGAUGGUCCUGUUGCAUAAUCUUCUCCUUGAGGCAUUGUAAGAACAUUUAGCAAUGGGAGUAAUAUUAACUAUUGGCCACUGUUAGGUAGCAUGCCGAUGUGUUAAAUCUCUUUGGGAAAGAACUGAGAAACAUCUGUCUGCAUAAAUAUUAGUCUGUAACUCUUACUGUUGCAUUUCUGAAGAAUGCCUCAUAUUGCAGUACUGCACCCAGCAUUUGGAGGAUAGGUCAGCAUAUCUCCCAAUAUUUUUAUUUUUUUGGUGUGUGUGUGUUGUAUAGUUAUGUGUUUGCUUUCAUAGUUAAUUAUUUUGAGUUGCUACUCAAGCACAGGCUUUAUGCCUUUCAUUAGGUUAAUGAUAAGAGUUUGCUGCAGCGUGCUUGCUUCUCAUACCUGUAAAUGUGGAAAUUAGCUUGCAAUCAAGCAACUUCUUAUAUUCAAGACCACAGUAUUGGUACA